AUGGUCUUCGUCAUUUCGUCUCUCCUAACGGUCAAGCGGCAGAUCGAACGCGCCGUAUACCCACUCUCCAAACGGCUUCAGUUCGAGCCGCUCGUCGGCCACGUCACCGUCCGGAAACUCGAUGACGCGAUGGCCGAGUUCCAGCGCCGCGUGGAUGCUGGGGAGGACGAUGUCGAGGUGCUGUUCGCCAAGCACAUUCCCAUGGCCAGCUGGGUGCGCCGCAACGACGCCGUGAGCUGGUCGAGAGUCGUCGACGCGCGCUACUCGGGCAGCGACGACGACCCGGCGGCAACCGUCGACCUCUACGUCACGACAAACCUCAGUGAGGAGCACGAGAAAGCUGUCCACGUCAUCAUUGCCGACUUUGUCAACUACGCCCGAGCCAGCGACUACUGCUUGGAGUCUGGGGGUGGUCAAACCCCACGUGGUCGCGAUCCUGUCCCUGGAGAGCCUCUCUCGGUAAUCCCCGACGCUUGGCUGCAACCAGUCGUGCGAACUGGACCGGGUCAACCCGAUCCCUGCGUCAUUGCCGAAGUCGAGGUCAGCCACCGGUCCCUCCUCCCCGCUCAGACCCACUGCCGAGACUACUUUGACUUGAUCCGAGGGCUCAACGCCGUCGUGCUCGUCAAGUUCUUUCCCCCUCGCCGCAACGGCACGUCGGCUUGCGUCGCGAUCCUGUACCGCCGAGGCGACGACGACAGUAUCAUCGUCGACGACGUUGUCAGCUGCGGCAGCGCUUCGCUGGCUACAACUUCGAGAAAUGCCUUGGAGGCGCCUCACGACGGAGCCGGCAUCCGUGAGCUGCCACUCGCUCCGCAUUCGACGGCGCGGCGCAGCCCAUGGGGCGACGAGGUCAACCCGUACAUUACGAUCCAAGCAGCUCACAUCUACGCAAACGUUCCAGACAAGAACCAGGCGCCGCUGGUACGGGGCGGCCUGCGUCCGUUUGUAGACAGCACCGACAAGCACGACCUCCGUAUUUCGCUCUGGGAAGUGUUUUGCGCAGGCCGUAAAAUGGACAUCUUCGACUAG